UAAGUGCAAGGAUAAGUUGUCUUGAUCAAGGUCCUUAAGAAGAUAAAACUGCACUUCCUUCAUAGUAUAAAUAAAAGCCACCAUAAGAGAGAAAAGAAGAGAAAAAAGAUUAGCGAUGUCGAGUUCUCCAACCCACAACCCUUUUAGUCAUUUGAUCAAAAGCAUAUCUUCAUAUGACACAAACAUAAUGUUAGCUGCGCUUAUAUCUCUGCUCGUAGUGAUUCUGUUCGUUUUGCUUCUCCACCUCUACGCAAAAUGUCUUUUAGAACGAUCUCGCCAUAGAAGCAGAGCAUCCAGCUCCAUUUCUGUGUCUCAGAUUCUUCAUCCUCGUCCUUCAAGUUUCCACAAUUUCACUACCAUCUCUUCCAUAUCUUCUUCUCCUGCAAAGAACGGUCUUGACCCAUCAAUCAUCUCUUCUAUUCCUUUAUUUGUUUACAGAGAAGAAGAGAAAGAAGAAUGUUUAGAUUGUGUGAUUUGCUUGAGUGUUUUUGAGGAAAAUGAGAUUUGCAGAAGAUUGAAAAAAUGUGGGCAUUGUUUCCAUGUGGAGUGUAUUGACAUGUGGUUGCAUUUUCAUUCCAAUUGUCCAAUUUGCAGAGCUCCUGCAGCUUCUUCAAAUGAAGAUGGAGAUUGUAAAAUGGAGAUCGUGAUUGGCACUGAUACUGAAGAACCCAAUUCAGAUGAGAAUGAGAACAGUAAUGGUUCUUCUUCUUCAUCUUCAUGUAAUUCAUCAAUGGGUUAUUGUUCUUUGAAGAGGAUGUUGAGUAGGACUAGAUCAGAAAACAAGGCCUUCCCAUCUACCAAUAGUGUGCCUUGAAGUUAAAAUCACUUCAAGUAAUCAAAAUGUUUCUUCUAAGUUCUAUAGUAUCAUCAUUCACUU